AUCACACUCUUCUUUUCAUUUUUCACCCCAAAAAAGUUUCCCUGUAAAACCGAGUUAUAAAUAUCAAACAUUUCAACCCUUCUACUGUCCUCUGUUCUCUUCUCUUCAACCCUCGCCCUCGCCCUCGCCCUUCGCCCCUCGCCCUCAUUUUACAAACUUCGUUCUCUUUUCCUUCAAAUUCUUUAUUUCUCCACAUUCCUUUGAUUAGAAAUCAUGCUCGGUCUUGUGUCCACUUCUACAACAACAAACCCAACCGAUCUCUUAAAGGCUGUCUUGCCCAUCGGUAUCGGUCUUGCCUCCGCGGCAUUCCUGGCCCAUCGAGCCACUAACAAGGGUGGAUUCAGCAGAGAUAAGUCUAUCCCAAUCGUACCAUUACGUGCAGGCGACAAGAGCCAUGAUGCAGAAUACGCCGAGGAUCAAAACAAAUUCCUUUCAAAGUGUGUAGAGAACUAUGGCCUCGUUUUCAAUGUCAUGCUCUGGAAUCAAAAAUUCACAGUCGUUUCGGGCUCGUUGAUCCGAGAAGUAUUCAUGAAUGAACAAUUCAGUUUCAUUGAUGCUUUGGAGGAGGUGACAGGCAUGAAGGCUUUCACAGACAGUAUCACCAAGACCAGCAAUGAUGAAAACUGGAUCUCCCAUAGUGCCAUCCGUGAUAACCUCUCCCCAUUCCUGCCCUUGUACACCCCUCGUAUUGUCGAGCAAUUGACUUUGACAAUCGAUCGAGAAUUGGGUGAUUGUAAGGAUGGAAAGCUGAUUGAGAAACCCAUUAAUGUCUUCCAGGAGAUGGUCGCCGCUGCCAUGGCCACUGUGUUUAUGGGCAAUGACUGUGCCAAGGACCAUCGGGUCCGCGAUUCCUUCAUCAAAUGCACAUAUGACUUUGGCGAAGUCCUUGGUCGAGAUAACAGACUUCGAUUCUGGCAUAGAUUCAAUACCCAAGCCAAAUAUAGCGUGUUGAAUCCUCUGAAGAAACAUAUUGACAUCCUGGUCGAAGUUGCCACCCCCGUGAUCUUGAAACGUCGUCAAGAAGAAGCUGAAGCGAAUGCAAAGGGAGAGGAAUACGUACGUCCUUUGGAUAUGAUGCAAAAGUUAUUGGAUAACUUUGACAAGUAUGGAUUCGUGGAUAUUGAGGAUGUCUGCGGUCAUUUGUUGCUUUUGGUCUUGGCAAGUGUCCAUACGACAUCAGAUUCUGCCGCCAACUUGUGCUAUUACUUUGCAGCCUUCCCUGAACAUGUGGAUGUUUUGUAUCAAGAACAAUGCGAGGCUCUAUCUCAGAUCGAACAAGAACGUCAGACCUUGAGACAGAGCAAAUUGGCUUCAGGUGAGGUCAAAUCCGAACAGGAUUUCGUAGGAUCAGAUUUGGAUCCCAAGAACGAUCGUGAUCUUUCGGCUGCUAUGAUGAAGCGGUUAGUCAAGAUGGAUUCUUUUGUUAGAGAGGUUUUGAGAUAUAGGACCGAACGUUUGACCUUGGCACACACGGCCAGAGAGGAUAUCACAUUGUCCAAUGGAAUGCGCAUCACCAAGGGUAGCAAAGCCAUCAUCAACAACCAUUCAGUCCAUCAAAGCGAUGAGGUUCAAGGAGGCGACGCUUAUGAGUUCCGCCCCUGGAGAUUCGUAGGCAAAGCAAAGGCUGCCACCAAGGCUGGCAAUGACUUUUUGGUCUUUGGCAUGGGAAAGCAUGCAUGCCCUGGACGUUUCUUGGCUAUCCAAGAAUUGAAGACUGUUGGAGCGCUCUUGGUUUCCAGGUACUCAAAGUUUGAGAUCCAGGAUCCUUCAAAGACCAAGAGGGGUUUGAUGUGGCGUAUGGGUGAUCCCGUUGAUACUGGUCUCAUUUUCACAAGCCGUAACUAAGCAGCUGAGCAUCUUAGUGCAGUUAAGAG